AUGGGCACCCCUCAUCCAACCUUCUGCUACCCAUCAACUCGGGCAAAAAGAGAAAAAAGUACGGCCCCGUGUUCAUCCUUUACUCGCCGUGUUUCAAACGAUAAGAAAUAUCACUCACAGUAUCCGCACUCCUUAGGAGGUAUAAACACUAGACAAAAUGCAAUCGGGUGUAGUCCGCAGCACAUUUUAUCACUAGUACGGCUUAGUACGACAUCAGAUGCGAAACAAAAAACCUACAACAACCAAAAGUUGGGCAACGCUGGAGAAAUUUUUGUCCCAAAGGGGGCCGCAUGCCUAAAUCACGUUUGUUAA